AUGGAACUUCCCACUGUUGAUGAUCUUAAGGACCAAGGCGAAUCGUGCAUCGAGCAUAUUCCUCUUGACGAUGGCAACGACAGCACAGAAUCACAGUCGCUACUCCUUACUUUGUGGGAGUACAAAAAGGUUGUCUUGUUCUCUAUUUGUACGUCUUUUUGCGCGAUACUCUGGGGUUUCGACAUGGGAGUUAAUGUCAUCACACUAUCGCUUCCAGGAUUCAAGCUUGUUUUCGGCUAUGAGUACGAAGGGGAGCUGAUUGUCGGGGCCAUCUGGAAUUCGCUAUGGGGUGCAAUGACUUCCCUUGGCAUGGUGGUUGGUGGUGUGACGUCUGGCUUUGUCGCAGAUCUAUGGGGAAGACGUGCUGCUAUAUUAGCUGGAGCAAUUCUCUCGGCGGUUGGAGUGGCCGUUGAGUAUAUCGCUGCGACGCCCAGUGUUCUCCUGGUAGGAAAGAUUAUCAAUGGCAUUGCCAUGGGCAUUUUCCUUUCCAUCAAUCCAGCUUACAUCUCCGAAAUCUCGCCUUUGACUCUGCGAGCGCCUCUUAUCUCAUUGACGGCCUUCUUCAUUAUCGUAGGACAAAUGACAGCUAUCGGGAUCGGAAAUACACGAUUUGGUAUCAUGGACUCCUCGGCCUAUAAAGUCCUCUUUGCGGCGCAGUGGGCGUUUCCGGGCGCUAUCGUCCUGUUCCUGCUUUUCCUCCCAGAAAGCCCGAGAUACCUAGUCAAAAGAGGUAGAAACGAGGACGCACGAAAGGCUCUCUCCCGGUUACACUCCUCCAAAUUUGAUAUCUCUGCGGCUCUAUCCGUUAUCCAGGAAACAGUCACCGCCGAGUUGGAACUGAAUAACACCAGCGUGUCAUACCUCGCCUGCUUCAAAGGUGCAGACUUGAGACGCACGCGCAUCGCCUGCGCCAUGUUUUUCAUCCAACAGUUUACGGGUAUAGCUCUAUACGGCCAAGCGCUGUAUUUCCUGACAAUGACGGGUUUCAAUGUCAAUCUUGCGGCCAAUCUCGCCAUCGCAGGAUUCGGAGCCGGCCUCAUUGGUAACAUCGCAGCCUGGAUCUUCAUGUCGUAUUUCGGCCGCCGACAAAUCCUUCUCGUGGGAACGGUCAUUAAUUUCACCAUUCUUACUACCCUGGGUAUUGCAGGCUUUUAUAGCUCUAAUAAGUCGGCUUCUCUCUAUGUCGCGAUUGUCCUCAACUUCAUUCAGCUCAUCCACGCUCCCUCCGUAUCGGCAGUGUCGUGGGCUAUUAGUGGAGAAGUCAGUUCUGUGGUUCUUCGCGCAAAGACUCAGAGCCUUUGCACGAUCAUGAAUGCGCUUGUGACAUGGGUAUUCAACUUCAUCACGCCUUACCUAAUAAACACGGAUGAGGCGAACCUAGGCACGAAGUCAGCGUUUAUGUGGGCUGGACUUACCCUCGUCAGCAUGGUUUGGGUUUGGUUUGAAAUGCCUGAGAUCAAGGACUUGACGUUUGAUCAGAUAGAUGAAGCGUUCGCAUUGAGGACACCGACGAGGAAGUUCCCUAGGCCAGUGAAGUCGAAUGUGGUCGUGCCUGGCAGUAAGUGGGCUGCAGGCUAG